ACAUUUUGUUUGUCUGUAAUUCUUAAUUACAACAUAUGAACGCAUCACAAAUUAACUUCUCACAGUUAGUCACACUGAAACCCGAACUUUCCUUUCUUGCACUGGUAACAAAUGCCCACAAGGUGCGUUUCCAUCAACUACGCUCAUAGCAGCACAGGUCACCUGAAUGCGGGCAGAAACACCUGCUGGUGAAGGACGCACCACUUCACACAGCACUUUUUAUGUUACCCGUCCAAGCAUGUUCCACCCCCCACUUGCCUUUAGAGCGCAACACUAGCAUACAGUUAGUGUCGGCAGACAUCUCGGUCACUGGUGCUGUUAUUUUUAGUGAGGUCCCCUUAUUUUUCAUCGGAUAUGAUCUGGAGGCUUGUGGUCUAUUACGGGGUGUACGUCCUUCUUCUGGGUGCCGAAGGCAGAAGCCGCGGGGGGAGGACGGUGACUUUCCACCGGACUCAGCAGGAUGAGAGCCAGGGCCAAGCGCGCGCACGGCCCAGGAAGGAUAUCAGCAGCCACUCCGGCUCCCCCAGGCCUUCUCACGGGCCUCUCUUCACCUCCUGCCGGACCCCCCUCACCUCCGCCGAGCACAAGGUUCUGGAUGACAAUACACAUGAGACAGGGUUUAACGGUGAUGACGGCUCCUAUGUGAUUCUCACAUGGGUGGGCGAUGGUACAGGAGUCGUCCUGGUGCUGUCAACAUUUAGUGCUCCGAUAGAUUCUUUCAUAGAAGGAGGCUCCUCAAGACUUUAUCGCAGCACGGAUUACGGAAAAUCCUUCCAUGACAUUUCCCAUCAGAUCAACAACACCUUCAUAAGAGAGGAGUUUGGAGUCAGUGUUGGACCAGGGAGUUCUGUGAUAUUGACAGCAGACAUACCAGUGGUGGACAACCGAGGCGGGAUCAUCUUCACCUCCACGGAUGCCGGUGCGACCUUCAAGUUCAUCCAACUGCCCUUCCACCUGGCCCAGCCAAUCACGUACCACUUCCUUAACCCUGACUACCUUGUGGCCCUCAGCAUCGAUGGCGGUCUGUGGCUGUCUCUGGACUUUGGCGCCAAGUGGACAAAAGUUCAUGAUGGAGUGCAUUCUUUCUCAUGGGGUGCUGGCAUUCAUUUGUUCUUCAGCUGCAGUCGAACAGACACAGUUGAGGCAGAUGAGAGGGGGGAUUUAGUGCUGAAGAGGACUAAGGAUCUGGGGAAGACCUUCACCACAAUCCAUGAGGACAUCUACAGUUUUGGCUACAUAGGAGCCUUUCUCUUCUUUUCUGUGAUGGAAGAUUCUAGAUCCCCUCGUGUCAUGUAUUUCUCAUCAGACCAAGGAGACACCUUCAGUCGAGCGCUGCUCCCUUCUGCCUCCACUGAGCAGUUCUACUCCAUCCUGGAUGGAGAUGAAGAUAUGCUCUUCUUGCAUGUGGACAACCCCGGAGACACCUUCUUUGGAACCAUGUACACGUCAGACGACCGCGGCAUCCUGUUUUCCAAAUCACUAGAGCGCCACUUGUUUGAUGGGCAGAGGAAGAGCGAUUUCACCAACAUAACCUCACUGAGAGGAGUCUACCUCACUAACAAACUAGACGAGGAUGGCCGCAUAAGAUCUGUCAUUUCCUUUAAUAGAGGAGGGACAUGGAGACAACUUAACAAACCUGAGAAUCUGGACUGUGGAGAGCAAGUCAAGAAUUGCAACCUUCAUAUUCAUGGAGAGCACAGUCGCAACAACCGCAUCGUUCCCAUGCUGGCUCUGUCUGAGCCAACUGCUAUUGGUCUGGUUAUUGCCCAUGGUACUGUGGGUGACUCUCUGUCAUCGUCACAGCACCCAGAUGUGUUUGUCUCCUCAGACGGGGGUUAUAACUGGAGGGGGACACUGAGGGGUACUCACCACUACAGCAUAUUGGACUCUGGUGGUCUCAUUGUGGCUGUGGAGGCCCAGCGUGAAGGACAAGUCAAGACUAUCAAGUUCUCCACAGACGAGGGCCAGUGCUGGAAGUCCUACAACUUCACCGAGCAGCCCUUCUUCUUUGCAGGCCUGGCAUCCGAGCCGGGGACCAAGGCCAUGAAUGUCAGUGUGUGGGGCUUCCGGCCUGAGGAAGACGGCCAGCCCAUGUGGGUGGCUGUCACCAUUGAUUUCCAGAGCCUCAUUACAAGAGAGUGUAAUGACCAGGACUAUGAAGAGUGGUUGGCUCAUUCUACAGAUGGAGGGGACCUGGAGAGAAACGGCUGUGUCUUGGGUGUCAAAGAGACUUACAGGAGGCUAAAGAAACAAUCCGUGUGCAGAAAUGGACGAGGCUUUGUGGUGAGCAAGAAGCAAAGCCCCUGCCUGUGCACCAGAGAAGACUACUUAUGCGACUACGGUUACUAUCGUCACGCGAACACCUCAGAGUGUGUGAGACAAUCCAGCAGUGCGAAUAAAACCUUGGAGCUCUGUCUGAAUGGAGAGGAGGAUGAGCUUCUGACAGCAGGGUACCGUAAGGUCCCGAGUGAUAGGUGUGAGAGGGGAUUCACUCCUCAGCUCGCAGUGCAGACAGUCAUCAGACCCUGUGGUGCUAAACCCAGCCCUGGUCCACCUGCCAGGUCCACGUCUCCAGUAACAGACUUUGACACACCGCGAGAGAGGCUGGUGUUGAUCCUGGUGUGUGCAGGAGCAGGAGUCAUCGUCCUGGUAGCUAUCAUUUCCGCUGUCACUGCUGUCAGGAGGGUGGUUUACAGAAACGGGACACCAGUGUAUCGCUUCUCCAACCUCCAGAUCCAGGAUGAUAACACCGCCACAGCAGAUCUCGAGAGCGCCACCAGUAGCAAUGGCAUGGCCUGCCAGCAGGACUCAGAUGAUGAUCUUAUUGAAUGACACAUAUUAUUGUAAUAAAUAUUCAUGAUUGAAAGCAGCUGUGCUGAAAAAGACUGCCAAUGGCAUUUUGUCUGGACUUAUCCCUAAUAUUUUGAUGGGAGCACCCUUUGUGGCAAGUUCUGAGGAUUUGAAUGACAAGCAUGACAGUGUCUUAAUUUAUUGCGCUUACUUAAUUUCAUUUCAUUUCAUUGCUUUACUUUGCCUACUCUUUGAUUUGUACAGUAUUUUUUUUUUUUUAUUUACUGAAGUGAAGUUACUUCUGUGUUGCACCAUCUUUGUUUCUGUUCAAUGUGAAAACAAACAAGACAAUCCUGAAAAUAUGCAUUUGUAAAAAAACAAAAAAAACAAAAACAAAGUACAGCAUAUUAUUAUGUGUUCUUUCUAUUGUGUAUGUUACAGUUUAAACUAUGCCAUGAUCGGACUAGAUGCACAGUAAACGUUUCACAGAUUCUGUCCAUCAGUGGACACUGGUGGCGAUGUAGCGUCCCAUCUGUUUCGAAGUGAACAGAGAAGAAGAAAAAGGAGGAAGUGGGACGGAAACACAGAUAAGUUAUUAAGGAGAUGUCUCACUCGUGAAAAUUACUCCUCAGUAUGGAAGUAACAUGUUAUGUACUAUAAAGAAAUACAGAGAGAUGGCUCGCUAGUUACAUGCUAUAUUUGGCCAUAGAGACUACUAGCAUUUAAUGCCAUUCUCAUACCAAUCUUUGGGCAAAAACGUGCGUAAAACUAUUCCUAAAGGAUGGCCGUAACAUAACAUAAUUCUAUUAUUAUUAUAUUGUUGAAUUAGCCAUGAUACUUGAGUCCCAUGUUGCUGUGUUGGGGAACUUUGCAAUGAUCAAAUUUCAAAUGUUAAUUUACAGUGGGGAAAAUCUUUUUUAAUGGACUUUACAUUCAGGGAUCAUUGCUUUAAGAAACAAAUAAGUAUAAUUUCCCAUAUUCCCUAAAUGCAAAGAAAUGCACUUUAAAAUUCUAGAUAUAUAUAAUUCCAAGGAGUAUAUUAGACUCAGAUUUAACUUGGAUUUAAAUAACUGCCUUCUGUGAAUCUGCCAUAGAAACAUCUGAACUUCUGAAUCUUUUUUCACAGUUGUUAUUUACCAUAAAUGGGAAACAUUUUACAUUUACAAACAUUCAGUGUGGGAUUAUUGUGGAGGACAAAGAAGUUGAAAUUAUUGUUAAUGAUUUUAUUGGUGAUGUAUUUCAUACACAGAUGCAAAUGUACAAUAACAAAUACAAACUCCAAAACUAACUAAAUAAAAGCUGAAAUAACCCAUAACCCCCCAGUUUACUUAAUGAAUGGUUUGUUGUAAAGGGCGUGUUGUUUUUUAUUAAAUUGUUUUCAUUUUUACAUUGUUUAUUAAUGAUUUUGGUCUUUAUAAAUGUGAUAUUUGAUGUCAAGAUUAGAUUGUUUAAACAAACUUUUUUUACAACUCUCUUGUUAGAUUCUGCUAAGUGCUAAAAAAAAGGUUGUUUUUUUAUGCUGGAUAAUGUUGGGCUCGGCUGAAAAAUUAUAUAUAUUUAUAAAAAUAAAUCGAUACACACUC